UCUACUAAGAAGCCCAUACAUACAUCAAAACUAUCAGGGGCUUGCCGUGUUAAUGAAAUCUUAACAGGUCAUGAGAGUCUCUGCAAAAGGAACUUUCGUAUGGAAGUUCAUGUUUUCCAUGCUUUGGUACAGAAGUUGCGUGACAAGCAACUACUUGCUGAUACAAGAGCUGUCUCAGUAGAAGAGCAAGUUGCUAUAUUCUUAUAUGCACUAGCAAAAAAUGCAAGUAAUGAGACAUUGCAGGAUGAGUUUCAACACAGUGGUGAAACAAUAAGUCGGCACUUCGGAGCAGUGCUUGAUGCAGUUACACAACUUACAUGCAUAUACAUACGGCCACCUUCCCUACACCCACAUCAGAUCUUGAGAAAACCAAAAUUCCACCCCUUCUUUGAGGACUGUGUCGGCUGCAUCGAUGGCACUCACAUACCAAUGUUUCUUCCAUUAGAUCAACAAGAACCAUAUCGGAAUAGAAAGCAAACAAUAUCCCAGAAUGUCAUGCUAGCUUGUGACUUUGAUUUAAAAUUUGUACAUGUGCAUGCCGGCUGGGAGGGAUCAGCUUCAGAUGCAAGAGUUCUACAUGAUGCACUUAACCAUGGUUUUCAAGUGCCUCCUGGUAAAUAUUUUCUUGUAGAUGCUGGUUAUGCAAACACACCGCAGUUUCUUGCACCAUAUCGUGGGACAAGAUAUCAUCUAAAAGAACAAGGAAGAGCUAAACAAAGGCCACGGGAUUACAAGGAGCUGUUCAAUCUUCGACAUGCACAGCUCAGAAACCAUAUUGAGAGGACGAUUGGCAUAUUAAAAAUGAGAUUUCCUAUACUCAAGACUGGCUCACACUACCCAGUUAACAAACAAGUUGACAUAUCUGUUGCUUGCUGUGUUCUACACAACUUCAUACGCCUACAGAAUGGAGAUAUGUUCUGGCCAAAUAAUUCAAAUGUGGAGAUUGAUCCAGACCAGAUUGUUGAUGUGCCAGAUGGAGACCAUAUGUAUAAUGAUGAUAUACAAGCAUUCAAUAACUGUAGAGAAGUUGGUAAUAAAAAACGAGAUGGCAUAGCACGACGGAUGUGGGAUCAUUACAUAGCACGUAGGACUAGAUAGUUUUUUGACUGAUAUGACAGUCACGGUCAUCUUGGACUAAGUUAUUGCAUCAUAGCAUAUCAAUACAGGAAAGCCUUCCCUAAUCUCUCGGUUUGGGAAAUCGUAAAGGAAAUUCGAUUUACAGAUGCAACAAAAUCAAACUGAAUCUCAGAUGGGGAGAAUCAAUUGUCAGAUGUGGGAGAAUCGCACUCAAUCGUAGAUGGGAAAAAUUGAUUCUCAAAUGGAAGAAAAUCAAUUCUCAGAUGGACGAAAAUCGAUUCCCAAAUGUGGGGAAAUCGAAUCGAACCUCAGAUGGGGAAAAUCGAAUCGAAUCUCAAAUGGGGUAAAUCGAUUUUUAAGAUGGGGAAGAGAGUACCUGAAAGAUAGGAGAAGCCCACCGAUAGACCUGCACUACGUAUGAAGUGGCUGCCUGUGAAGUUCGUAGGAAGAUUUCGCUUGGCCGGCGAUGGGGAGGAUGGCUACGCUGUUGUGUAGGAGCUUCAAGAACUGGAACUCUUUGUUUCUUUUCUCUGGAAGAUGCGGGAAGGGACACCGUUUCGUCGGACAGGGAAAAGCGGCACGGUGCAGAAGCUAGCGACGCGGCAGAUCGCAAUAGUUUUCCCGCCAGGAAAGUUUCCAAGAGGUCUGAGCUCUUGCUUAUUUUCCCGUAAAACCUAGCUGUAGGAAUGAAAUCCUCUGGAAUAUUUCCUUUCUCUUUCCUGUGAACCAAAGGAUAGUGUAGGA